AUGGCAACAGAACACAGCACCGAGCCUCGCAACGACCCCGCAAUGGCUGCAGCCGGCAGCAGAUUUAGCCAAUGGUUUCCGUUGAGCCCGAAGGAGGGCUGGACUCAGUGGUGCACGAAUCUCUCUCCAGCAACCGCAGAAGAGACGGUCCUUUCCUUCAUCCCACAUGUCCUGAAGCCGCCAUCGACCCAAGUCUACACGGCCAAGGUCUCGUCGAGCUCGCAAUCUUCCAUAUCGAGCGCUUCAGAGCUCAGUGCCGACAGCUCGACGUCAAGCCUCGGCGAGUUCGGGGCCCGCAAAUGGUAUUCGCAGCUCGUGCAGCUGAGUGGGAAGAACCGCGCUCUCAACGAAUUCUCAAUCGAACGCGUUGGCGACGAGGUGGAGCACAACCUCGUCAUGCUCCACGGCUACGGCGCCGGCCUCGGCUUUUUCUACAAGAACUUCGAAAGCCUGAGCAGAAGGCCCGGCUGGAAGCUGUACGCUCUAGACAUGCUGGGCAUGGGACGGAGCAGCCGGCCGCCGUUCAAGAUCCACGCAAAAGACCGCCAGGGCAAGGUCACCGAGGCCGAAAACUGGUUCGUCGACGCGCUGGAGGAGUGGCGCGUCCAGAAGGGCAUUGGCCGCUUCACCCUCCUCGGCCACAGCAUGGGCGGCUACAUGGCGACCGCAUACGCACUCAAGUACCCGGGCAACCUCGAGAAGCUCAUCCUGGUCAGCCCCGUCGGCAUCCCGGAAGACCCCUUGGCCAUGAGGGCGGAGAUCCCAGAGCCGACGGCCGACCCGCUCCAGGACCAGAACAUCUCGCUGGACGGCGCCGCCGACAUCGACAACCCGUCCUCGGCCGCGCAGCCGGAGCGCCUGCGGCCGACGCCAAAGUGGCUCGUCCACCUCUGGGAAGCCAACAUCAGCCCCUUCUCCAUCAUCCGCAUGGCCGGCCCGCUGGGCCCGCGCCUGACGUCGGGCUGGACCUCGCGGCGCUUCGCGCACCUGCCGCAGAACGAGGCGCUCGCGCUGCACGACUACUCGUACGCGCUCUUCCGCCAGCGCGGCAGCGGCGAGUACGCCCUCGCCCACAUCCUGGCCCCCGGCGCCUUCGCCCGCGACCCGCUCAUCCGCCGCAUCCACAGGCUGGGCAGGCAGCACGGCGAGCGCGGCGUGCCCGUCACCUUCAUGUACGGCGAUCACGACUGGAUGGACGUCAACGGCGGGCGCGCGGCGGAGAAGAUCAUCAAGGCCGAGAGCGCCAGGGCGUUGGAGGGCAUGACCGAGGCCGAGAGGAAGAGGGAUAACGGAGACGCGAGGGUGGUGGUGGUUGAGAAGGCCGGCCAUCACUUGUACCUCGACAACCCCGAACGCUUCAAUCGGGCUGUGGACGAGGAGCUGCAGGACGUGGAACGGAGGAAGUGGUAA